CUUCCUGUACAGUGUGAUUUAACCUUUCUCUAGGAUUUGUUUUUCACUGAUGCCUAUAAAAGAGGGAGGAGUUCGAGACAAAGCUAUAAAACCAGCUGAACGCUCGGAGAAGCUUCAGAACGUCUAGAGGAGACUCAUCAUGGCGAACUGCGUUAUCAACAACGGCUUCUCUGCUGUCAUCAUCUGCGUUUGGAUGGCCAUCAACAUCUUUCUGUUUGUCUGGUAUUACUUUUACUACGAUUUGAGACCYGAGUUUUUCUACACACGUCACCUGUUGGGGUCGGCGCUGCCCUGGGCCAGAGCUCCUGCAGCCGUGCUGAACUUUAACUGCAUGUUGAUCCUCCUGCCCGUCUGCAGAAACCUGCUGUCUCUGAUCCGAGGCUCCCUCAUGUGUUGCAGCAGAAUAAUGAGGAAACAAAUGGACAAAAACUUGACUUUCCACAAGCUGGUGGCGUACAUGAUCGCCCUUAUGACGGCUGUUCACACGGUGGCUCACCUGCUGAACGUGGAGUGGUACAACAACAGCAGACAGGGUGUUUACGAUGAACUCAGCAGCGCUCUGUCCGCCCUGGAGGACACGGAAAACACCACCUACCUGAACCCGAUCCGGACGACCCACCUCAACCCGCAGCAGAUCCCCACCUACUUUGCCUUCACGUCCAUCGCUGGACUGACWGGUGUCAUCAUCACCCUGGCUCUAAUCCUCAUCAUCACCUCCUCCAUGGAGGUCAUCAGACGCAGCUACUUCGAGGUCUUCUGGUACACGCAUCACCUCUUCGUCAUCUUCUUUGCCGGUCUGGUUAUUCAUGGACUCGGAGGCAUCGUGAGGAGGCAGAGCAAUCUAUCGCAACACAACUUCACUUUGUGUCACAAUCUCACCGAAGAGUGGGGUGAGGACGAGUGUCCCUACCCUCAGUUCGUUGGAGGACCUGCUGCGACUUGGUAUUGGGUCCUCGGCCCCAUGAUUAUUUAUGCUGUUGAGCGUUUGCUUCGUUUGAUUCGAUAUGCACAGAAAGUCCAGUACAGGAAGAUUGUGAUGCGACCGUCCAAAGUGCUGGAGCUGCAGCUGGUGAAGAAGGGUUUCAAGAUGGAGGUGGGUCAGUACGUCUUCCUCAACUGUCCGUCCAUCUCGCAGCUUGAGUGGCACCCAUUCACCAUGACCUCUGCGCCCGAGGAGGACUUCUUCAGCGUCCACAUCCGCUCUGCUGGAGACUGGACGGACAAACUCAUCGAGGUCAUGCAGAAGCUACCGGAGGGAGCACAGGGACCCAAAAUGGGUGUUGAUGGUCCGUUUGGGACAGCCAGCGAGGACGUCUUCGACUACGAGGUCAGCAUGCUGGUCGGCGCCGGCAUCGGCGUCACUCCCUUCGCCUCCAUCCUCAAGUCCAUCUGGUACAAGUUCAAAGACAACAACCCCAAGCUGCGCACCAGAAAGAUUUAUUUUUAUUGGCUCUGCCGGGAAACGCACGCCUUCGAGUGGUUUGCCGACCUGCUGCAGGUGCAGGAGAAGGAGAUGGAGGCGAGAGGCCUGGGAGAUUUCCUCACCUACAAGCUGUUUCUGACCGGAUGGGACGAGAGUCACGCCAAUCACGUGAUGGUUCACUUUGACGAGGACACCGACGUGGUCACUGGGCUCAAACAGAAAACUCACUACGGCCGACCCAACUGGGACAAGGAGUUUGAGCAAGUCCGCAAAGAGAAUCCCACCUCCACGGUGGGAACGUUCCUGUGCGGACCUGCGGCUCUCGGGAYGGUUCUGGAGAAGAAAUGCGCCAAAUAUUCAGACGUGGAUCCUCGCAAGACCAAGUUUUACUUCAACAAGGAGAACUUCUGAAGAAAAAAACCAUAAAAAACAAAACAAAAAAAAAACAAACACCAGGAUGUGGGAAGGAGCGAGGGCCCAGGAGGAAAUCAUCUUUUGAGGAAUUUCUCACUACAGAUUAACUGAAGACUGUCAACCGUAAAACCAACCCGCGUUAUCCGACAGGUGUGUUCAGUUCACACUGCAGGCAUGAGMUCCACUCAGGGUUCGACUUAUUGUUACACUGAAUCACAGCUGCUGACAGUAAGUCAGCAUCAGAUUGUUUGGUUUUUAUCAUUUAAAGCUAAAUUACAGAUUAAAAAUCUACUAAACACCUUUUAUUUGUAACUGUUUGCACUUAUUUUAGGAUCAUUGUAAGUAUAAAAUACUUACAAUUAAUAUUUUGUAUUUUACUUUAUACAUUUUGAACCAGUUCUACUGAUUGUGAUUAAAAGCUGUAAAUAUUUUAAAUAAAAGUAAUGAUCUGUCUGAA